AUGUUUCAAGACCAACCCGUGACAGCACACAUUUACGAGUUCACCACCCAACUUUUGGUAGACAGUGACCUGAAGUUCAAGGGAUUAGAGAAGGGAAUUGUGCCCACACAGAUCAUCUUCUGCAUGAAAGAGCGCAACCAGAAGAAGAUCAACUCUCACUGGUGGAUGUUCAAUGCCUUCUGUCCACUUCUUCAGCCCAACGUCUGCGUGCUUCUCGAGGUGGGCACCAAACCGGGCCCGCGCAAAGGCUGGCUCGGACUACUCAACCCCAUAGUGGCCGCUCAAAACUUCGAAUAUAAAAUGUCAAACAUCUUGGAUAAACGAACGGAAUCCAACGAUGAGAUCGGGCGAGGACCGCUAGCGUCGUACUUCAAGGGCGAAACGCUUGCCGGUCGGGAUGCGGAUGUGUUUACGUCGAACAUGUAUCUGGCCGAGGACCGGAUCCUGUGCUGGGAGCUGGUGGCCAAACGCGGGCACAACUGGGUGCUCAAGUACGUCAAGAGCGCCUGGGGCGAGACCGAUGUGCCCAACGAGGUCCCAGAAUUCAUCAGUCAGCGCCGUCGUUGGCUCAACGGAAGCUUCUUCGCCGCUAUUUAUUCCUUGGCACAUAUAGGCCAGAUGUCUCGCACCGAACACUCCCGAAAGCAGGCUCUUGCACUCUACUUCGAAGGACUCUACAACUUUUUGAAUCUUUUAUUUGCUUGGUAUGGAUUGGCAAACUACUACAUUUUUUUUGUACUACUAUCAUCCUCACUCGAAGACCCAUCUCUGAAAAUGCCCAAGGCAAUCACAAUCAUCAAUACUUCAUUACACUAUCUCUAUACUGGAACUUUGAUAGGGUGCUUUUUGCUAUCCAUGGGAAACCGGCCACAAGGGGCCAAGUGGAAAUAUAUUUCUGCUAUGAUAAUUUUUGGAUGCCUUGCACUCUACAUGUUGGUCGCGUGUGUGUUGAUUUUAGUCAAAGCUGUCAAGGGUGGAGCCAAUGCCACCCUGUAUGCGCAAAUCGUCAUUUCAUUGAUUGCUACUUUGGAUCCGUGGCAUUUGCUAACCUGCAUGUUGCAGUAUUUGUUAUUGGCCCCAGCAUAUAUCAACGUACUCAACGUCUAUACAUUCGCAAACCUUCAUGAGUUUUCUUGGGGAACGAAGUACCAGAACAUCAUAUAA